GCGGUGCUCUCCCUCCUCCUCCUCCUCCUGAGUAUUCCUGGCGGGCAGCGAUGGGCAAGCAGAAGAGACGCAACGCCUUCUUCUACUUUAUGAUGGCCAAGAAACCCGAGGUGGAGAAGCGGCUCAAGAGAAAGAUGGAGAUGGCCAAGCCGGUGACGGCGGAGUGGCAGGCACUCCCGGAGGAACAGUGGAAGAAGUACCAGCUGAUGACCGGAGAAAGCAGGGAGAGGCUGGACUGCCGAGGGGUGCCGCUGCGGUGCCUGGACGAGGCGGCCCAGGAGAAAAAGCACCAGGCUGAGGAGAUGAAGAGGGACAAUGCUGACUUGGUGGACAUGUCCCGGAUGUGCAAUGCGCUGCACCAGGCCAGCUUCAUCCUAGUCAGCACAAGCUAUUAUACCCACACUGACCACGGCCACUAUGUCACCGCUGAGCUGAGUCUGCUGCGCUUCAGCCAAAGGAACGGAAUCAUGAAGUUGUUUCACUGUGUUGUUGCGCCCAUCGUGCUGCCUCGGCCAGGAAGCACUCGCUGGAGACUCACACGCUGCUGGGUGACUCGGAGGGCUUGGGGAACAGCCUUGAGGAAACUGCCAAGAAUCUGAAGCAGCUCUUGUCCAAGGUGAGGUGUUAGUGACGGGGUGCAGGUCUCCCAUAGUUCCCAGUGCAGAGAAACGGUUUGAGGAGCCCAAAAAAGGUUGCGUUGAGGAGUACAAGGCAUAGGGUCCCCCUAACAUGAGACAGGUACUGAAGAAAU